AUGGUCGUCGGGAGUGGCGGCCUUUUGGUACACACUGCGUGGACGAAGCGGUGUCGAGAGGGACAAAACUGUGCCCUUUUCAACUGUCUGGAUUUGCUGGGCACGUUGCUCUGGGCAGAAACGACAGCAAAUCCAAUAAAUCAAAUUCAAACCCACGCCCGACUCCCGACGCCCGACUCCCGACGCCCGACUCGACGCCCGACUCCCGACGCCCGACUCCCGACGCCCGACCCCGACUCCCGACGCCCGACGCCCGACCCCACGCCCGACUCCCGACGCCCGACUCCCGACGCCCGACUCCCGACUCCCCACGCCCGACUCCCCACGCCCGACUCCCGACGCCCGACUCCCGACGCCCGACGCCCGACUCCCGACGCCCGACUCCCGACUCCCGACUCCCGACGCCCACCCCGACUCCCGACUCCCGACGCCCGACUCCCCACGCCCGACCCGCCCCGACGCCCGACUCCCACCCCGACUCCCGACUCCCCACGCCCGACUCCCGACGCCCGACUUUCCCGACUCCCGACGCCCGACCCGCCCGAACUCCCCACGUCCCGACUCCCCACGCCCGAUUCCCGACGCCCGACGCCCGACGCCCGACUCCCGACUCCCCACGCCCGACGCCCGACGCCCCAGGCAGAGCAACCCUCCCUGUACCAGGACUCGAACCUAGGUCGUUACUCAGGUUAUAUGAGUGCCAGUGCUAAACACAACCAUGCCACACGACCCACUAAAAGGAUUGUGCAACUAGGCUCUCCUGCAGCUCCAUAG